AUGGACUGUCAUGCUGAAGCUGAAGUCUGUUCAGGGACCAGCUGUCUGGUUCCUCCCAGUAACUUCAACGCCAUUCUGGGCUUGGUCCUUAGCACUGUUCUAACGGUUAUGUUGGCAUUCGUCAUGUUCUCCAUGGGCUGCUCUGUGGACCUGGACAAACUCCUGGGUCACCUGCGGAGACCCUGGGGCAUCACCAUUGGUUUUUUGUGUCAGUUUGGGAUCAUGCCGUUCACAGCCUUCCUCCUGUCACUGGUCUUCAAUGUGCUGCCUGUGCAGGCUGUGGUCAUCAUCAUCAUGGGCUGUUGUCCUGGAGGAUCAGGGUCCAAUAUUAUCUGCUACUACCUCGAGGGAGACAUGGACCUCAGUAUCAGUAUGACAGCCUGUUCCUCCAUCUUGGCCCUGGGUAUGAUGCCUCUCUGUCUUCUGAUCUACACUUCGCUGUGGGUGUCACCGGAGACCAUCCAGAUCCCAUACGAAAGCAUCGGAAUCACUCUUGUGGCUCUCCUGGUUCCCAUUGGAUUUGGGAUGUUAGUCAAACGCAAAUGGCCACAGACAGCCAAAAAAAUCCUCAAGAUUGGCUCCAUAAUUGGAUUUUGUCUGAUUGUUGUCAUUGCUGUGGUGGGAGGCAUCCUCUAUCAGUCCUCAUGGGACAUUGACCCAUCACUCUGGAUUAUUGGGACCAUCUUCCCUUUUAUUGGCUGUGGGCUGGGCUUCUGCUUCGCUCGCUUUACUGGACAGCCCUGGUUCAGGUGUCGUACCAUUGCAUUGGAGACGGGCUUCCAGAACGCCCAACUGUGCAGCACCAUAACCCAGCUGUCCUUCUCUCCUGCUGACCUGGAAGUCAUGUUCUCCUUCCCACUCAUCUACAGCAUCUUCCAGAUAGUUGCAGCCCUCGCAGCUGUAGGAUGUUUCCAGUUGUACAAAAGGAAGUGCAGAGGUGACGUGUCUGAGGACAGUGAGACGCCUGAUCUGGGGGACGGAGAGGUAGGAGCUGGAAAAAUAAAGCCUUUGGAGAACGGUGGAUUUGAAAUGAAUGAGGACAGUGCGGAGAAGAGUAAGGACUAUGAUAACAACACACAGUUCUGAGAUAACGUCCAACACUGAACACCACACACUGCCCUCUGCUGAUCACAGGGGGGUACAGCUCAUCUGUUGGAAAUUCAGAAACAAUGCAACAAAGUACACUACCAGUCAAAACUUUAGACACAUUUUUAUUUUUAUUUCCAUGAUUAUUUGCAUUGCUGAUUCUCCCUAAAAGCAUAAAAACUAUGAAUGGACAGAUAUGGAAUGCAACAAAUGAAAAUAAACUCAAAAUUUGUUUCAGAUUUUGAACAAAUUAAAAGUAUCCACCCUUUGCUUUG